AUGUUCAUCACCGAGUACACGGAUCGAAGCGCCGGAGUGCACCUCUUCAGUGAUUCCCGAAAUUCUGAUGUGUCGGACAGCGAAGAAUCGGUCGAAUUGGGUGUCGACGACGUGCAACUUCUCGAGAAUCUGCUCCAAAAAGUGUCCGAAUCGUGGUGGCCAGUGAACAUGCGCGCAUUUCUCGGCGGACACACUAAAGCGCUUCGGAACGUUUUAAAAAGUACCUGGCGCCAAAUAUUCACAGAAUUGAUGAAUUCGACUUGGAGUCCCGCGUCAAGCUACUUUUCGCCUCGCAGACCCCGAUUCAUGAGGAUUUCCACGAGAUUCUCGCGGAAAUGGGCGCGAAAAUAUGGUUGAACGCCGACGGAACGAUUCUGGAGUACCGUGGAGGCAUUCAUUUGACGAUGCGCCUUGAUUCGCAAGAGCACGAGGAUCAUCCGGAGCCGGUGCCGAGCACGAAUUUCAGUCGGCAGGACGACACGAAGAUGUUGAAGUAUCUGGCGGAACGGGCGAGGAAGACACGGACGCCGUUUGAGAUGAAACGGUUCUGGAAGGAAUACAAAAAGGAGGGGAAGAGCGAGAGGACCGCCAAUGGGCUUAGCAAAAGGCAAGUAUCCGGGCCAGGGCUUGGAUUGAAGUAUGAUACUCUAACCGGUAUAUCUCGGGACCAGAUAAUCGGAUCGAUCUGAAACUUGGACCCAUCAUACUUCAACCCAAGCCCAGGCAAACGGAUCAAACGCUAAUUUAUCUGGUUCCAGAUUCCGGUGCCAUCUGGCCCAAACUCUGCACCUGCGGUCGGGUUUCAGUCUGAGCACUCGUGCUCGAAUGUUCCUUGCCACGUCGACACCGGUGCCGGCCGAUUUCCUGGAGACCCUUCGAAAACGGGCAAAAGUGGAGGUGAACGGGAAGAAUGUGAUUGUGAACUACUCGAAAAAAACGGAAAAGGAGCUGGAAAAAGAGAAAGAGCCGGAGCUUCAAAUCCAGAAGCCGAUGGAGCCGGAGCCGAUGAUCGAGAGCUCCGAGCCGCCGCACAAAGAGCCGGUGGAAGUGAUCGAGAUCUCCGACGACGACGACGAUGCUGACGUGGCACUUGUGAAUCCUGAAAUGGCUUGGAAUCCAAUGGCGUGGGACCCCCAGAACCUGCUCUUUUUGGACACGAACGCUGCUGCUCCUGUUCCGAUGGAGCUCAUUCCUUCCGCUCUGCUCUCAUUUCCCGAUUUUUUGGCUCAAAAUGCACCGGCAAUGCCAGUGAAUUGGGGCGAUUGGUACGAUACUCUUUUUUUUUAUAAAAAAAAAUGGCUAAUUCGAAUUCAACUUUUUCCAGUACUGCCGGUCCGGCACCAAGCGCCGAAACGACGAGCAAAAAAAUGUUUUUGCACUCGCUAAACUAUUUGGUGCUCUCUUUGGACAGCCCGAAAUUGCAAAGAGUCAAGGAGGCGGUGAACGAGGAAAUUCUCAAAUUGGGCAGUGGAGAUGAGGUUGAAAAAUGAAAAAGAAAAAUACGAUUUUUAUUUUUCUUCAGAGAAUGUCAACAGAAGCGAUCAAAUCGUUUGUGGAGACGAGCCUCGAGAAGCUGCUUGGCAGACGACUUUAA